ACCAUGGGGGAGGGGGAACGCGGUUUCCCGCUGACAUGGGAACCAUUGUCCUUUGCGAGCCACCGUCCACGGGAGUGGCAGGCCCUAGGCAAAGGAAGAUCUUUGCUUUUCUGGGAAAAGUGGGGGAUGAGAAAUGUUUCAGUGCGGCUGCACAGCUUCAUGGGAACCGUAGUUCGGUUCCGUAAUCCCAAAAACGGAGAUCCUGCUUAAACAGGAACAGGAAGCCGGGAAUACGAAGUGAGCGGGACACAUGAACAUUAGUUGUUUGCCACAGCCUAUUCGCAGCAGAGGCGGAUAUUGGGACUACAAGUCUCAUGGAAUAGGGGGGAAAGAGGUCCCGCGAGAUUUUAGACUGCGCGUAUUAAGUACUUCUGGAGAAAGCGAGGAGGGGCCCCAGAAGAAGAGCCACCGCCGGAGUCCGAUGGCAGGAGCUGGGGUGACCGUACUGCUGCGAGAGGAGAACGGCUGCUGCAGCCGACGCCAGAGCAGCUCCAGCGCUGGGGACUCUGACGGAGAGCGUGAAGACUCGGCUGUGGCUGCUCGUGCGCGCAGGCGUUUGGAAGGCCUGCUCAACAAGAACAUGCGCAUUCGCAUGACAGACGGGCGCACCCUGGUGGGCUGCUUCCUGUGCACGGAUCGCGACUGCAAUGUCAUCCUGGGCUCCGCUCAGGAGUUCCUCAAGCCCACGGAUUCCUUCUCAGCUGGGGAGCCCCGUGUCCUGGGGUUGGCUAUGGUUCCUGGGCACCACAUCGUUUCUGUUGAAGUACAAAGGGAGAGCCUGACCUCUCCUUAUCUGUGAUUCCUGGCCCUCAGCACCCACUAGGGAAGGCAGCCUGGGAAGCUGUGAUUAUCUGUCUUACCUUCAUCUUCCCUCAUUCAUCUUCUGAUUAAAGCCUGUGAUCUAUU